GUGGUGGGAGGAGAAUGGCUGAGAGUACACCAAAGCCGUGAACUUCACAUGCAUGAGCUGCAGCUGGUCUGGGUGGAGAAGCAGUACCUGUGCCACAACCUGGACCAUCCGGUGGAGGAGCUCUUUCUUGGCCAUAUCCACACCGAUACUGCCCAGUGAAUGUUCUACUGGCCAUCCAGUUACCAGCCUCUGCUGCAGAAUGCUAAGAACCACGACCAUGCCUGCACAGCCCAUUGCAUCAUCUUCCUCCCCUUUCUCUUUCAGACUCCCAGGUGGUCUUUUUCUUAGCCCGCUGCCUCUUAAAAGUCAGCCCAGACCCCGUGUCCCCUUGGAGGGCUUCCCCUGUAGGAGCUGAGCUUGGGACCCCACCUUUGGAAACUGGCUGCCCCUGUCAUCUCAGGGCCUCACCCUGAGUACCACACCUACCCUGCUGUUGGCCUUGUUCGCUCCUCCAUGGAGCCAAAUCUCCCUUCGCCACUGUGCGCCACCACCCUAGCAUGGGCCACACUGGACCACUUCCACCUGCAGGCCGAGGCCCUGAUCAUGCCACUGAUGCACACCAUUACCCACCACCACGUACCAGGACGUCAUCCUGGGCAGCUGAAAGACCUAUGCAGUCUACCUGCUCGACACAGCCCUGCUCGACAGCUCUCUCAGCCUCCAGCUCAAGUGGAAGAGACCCCAGAGAGCAAGGCCCCACCGGUGCCCUUCCUGCACGCCCAGCACUAUGUGAGUGGCUACGGGCUGCAGAAGGGGCAGCUGAGCACCCUGCUGUACAACACCCACCCAUACCGCGCCUUCCCCGUGCUGCUGCUGGACACUGUGCCCUGGUACCUGCGGCUCUACGUGCACACGCUCACCAUCACAUCCAAGGGCAAGGAGAAGAAACCAAGUUACAUCCACUACCAGCCUGCCCAGGACUGCCUGCAGCCCCACCUCCUGGAGAUGCUCAUUCAGCUGCCCACCAGCUCAGUCACCACGAUCUCCAUCCAGUUUGAGUGAGCCUUGCUCACGUGGACCGAGUACACUCCAGACCCCAACCACGGCUUCUCUGUCAGCCCACCCAUCCUCAGUGCCAUUGUGCCCAGUUUGGUGGCAGCCACACCAGUGGACUGGGAAGAGAGCCCCCUCUUCAGUACCCUAUUCCCGGUCUUCAAUGGCCCCAGCUGCUUUGUGCGACACUGUAUAUGGAGCCGCUGCUGGUGAGCCUGCCAAUGCUCAGCCUGACAAUUGGGAGCUGUAGUUCAGGUCAAGUCCAUGGACUCCCCCUCACACCUGUUCU